AUGGAGGACAACGCGUCUUUGGGGAGUCAAUCGCUGGUUCCACAGCUUCCCGAUUCAACCCAUGACCGAAGUCGAAGCUCUCAGCCACCAAAGGCCGGGGUCCAAUCCACCACGACGGAUCCUACCUCACCGUUACAAUCAAGUCGAAGUCCAGAACCGGCUUCCAGAGUAAGACAACGCAAGCUCCUCGCCUCCAUUGAGACUUUGAAAUCCAACAUCUCCACCACAGAAGCCCAACUAUCAUCGAAGCUCCGCGAAAUCACGCAGCUGAAGUCUUUUCCCAGAUCAAACUCCUACAACAGCACAGAACCAGUUUUGUGCUCCUCACCACAAGACUCGGCGCCAGUAACAGCUCCCGAUCAACAAGGAUCCUCUCUUACCGGGUCAAUCUCUGGAGAAACCGAGAAAGUGGCCCUCUCUCACGCUCAAUCUAUCAUCAAUAGGCACAUAUCACUUCUGAAAUCAUAUAACGAAAUCAAGGACAUCGCCAUGGGAAUGUUAGACCUCAUCGCGGAAAGGGAAGGUCGGAGAUUAAAGGACGUGAUGGACGAGCGGGGGGUAGACGAGCGCGAUUAA